UCUUUGUGGCAGUGGGCGAGUUUCUGUACAAGUCGAAAAAAAAUGCACAGCUUGAGAAGAGGUCCUUCUGUAGUGCCAUGGUUGAGGAGCUCAGGUUGUCUCUCAAGUGUCAACGGCGUCUGAAACACAGGCCUCAGGCACCAGUCAUAGUGAAAACAGAAGAAGUCAUCAACAUGCAUACAUUCAACGACAGGAGAUUGCCUGGCAAGGAAACAAUGGCAUAGAGUGUAGGAAAUCCACACCGAGCACAAACAGUAUUCUUUGUUCCCAAUGACCUGCAAGAGUGUUUCCUGUGGAAAUAUGCAAACUGUGCCGAACAAGCGAGUUACCUCAUAUUGCCAUGUCGAAAAAAGCUACCAUAUGAAAACAGGGUGGUCAAAAUCAGAUUCUGAAACAUUGUCAAGAACCAAAACUUGCAAAUAAAAUCAUUUUUAAACAAUGAGUAGAGUUACCCACCCUCCCCUCCCUCCCAUCCCUCUCUCUCUUCUCGUAUAGGAAAUGGAUGGGGAUCACAAAGGGGGAAAAAAGAGAAAACUGCUUAAUAGGAAGUUGAGUAUUUAGGCUACAUAAGAUAAGGUGGAAAUUGUGCUAAAAUGUCCAAAGUUGUGCAGUUGCUGUAAAAGAACUGUUCAAAUUUAUUGAGGUUAAAGGUGAAAGAAAACUGAGAGACAUGGCGAGAAGCACCGAAGCCUUUGUGCGAUCUUUCAGGUGUUCGAAUUGUCACCGGAGAGGAACACAGGUCUCCCGUAAGGCAAUAAUUGCUUCUGGUCAAAUUAAUUUUUUUCGUGGAUCAGACUGUUGUUGAACCCUAACGAAAUGAAAGACCAUUAGACCAUUUAACCACCUUAAAUGAUGGAAUACAAAGUAGUUCUCUGAAAUUUGAAUGAUGAAGUAGGGUUUAAACGUACCUUUUUUGAGAAAAAAAACAUAUUUUUGGUUUGCACACCUCUUACUGGUAACAAAUGAGUGUAUUUUCCUGGGGCUCAAGAAUUAGUCCCUACAAGAUGCAUCCACCCGCCUGCUCCCACAUCCAGCUGAAGUGAUUUGACACCUGACUUUUCAAUUCGUGUGGUUCUGCCUGAUAAUGGAAAUGAGAUUGUUCGUUGACAGGACCCCAUGGUAAUGUUGCAGGAGACUCUUUUGUAGAAUGCACUAAAUCUCAGUCACUACUGCUACAACUUCUCGCGAGCAGUUUUUCAAGAUGUUCAUGUUUAUUUGUGGAAAUGCAAGAUUUAUAUGAAAAUAGUUUUUGUAUGGAAUUUUUGUAAUAAUUUUUAUCAAAAAAUGAACACAGGGCACUAAAUCUCAAUGGGGUUCCAUUAGGCUAAUAGCAUACAGUUAUGAACUAUUGUGUGUAACAAGAGACCUAGAGUCUUGGCCAUAUUGUGAAAAUAAAUGAAAUGCACACAGUUUAUUGUCUGAAAUUAAUGCACAAUUAAAAAAAAGAAUAAAACAUUGAGAAAAAGGCUAAUAAUUUUACACCACAUUUAGGUUCCAGUGUUUAUGCACAGAUUGGUAAGGCAGUCCAAGGGUUGUGUGUCUCGUUCUUGUACAGUAUUUUCCAAUUGCCCAACAAAACAUCAAGAAAGAAUUAUAAAGCAGAAUGGAAAGUACAAAAUAAAGUGUUGCUCUCUGUGCUGACAUUCACAAGUACCUAUUGUAGUGAUGUAAACUCUAUUGCCUUUGCUGUCAAUUUAACAUGCAAUAUAUCCAUAAAUGUUCACUGACAAUCAUCAAGAGGCCUGUGCAAGGUAAAUGCAGCAUCUGUGUUGAUGGCUUCUGAUACUUAUAUAAUAUAUACAUUGUACUGAAUAACCCUGAUUUUUUUAUGAAAAGGAAGUCUAUGGGCCAAAUAAAAUUAUUUCUUUAAUAGGUCCAGCUGAAAUUGGGGAAACAUGUCUGCCAUUUUUUAAAAAUAUAUUUCAUCUCCCCACAUAACUUGUGUGCUUCGCCAUUACAAGCUCUUUUAGUUGCCCUCAAAAAAAGUUCACAGGAUAUUUUGUAAUUCCGAAUCUACUUUGAAAUAGACUUAUAGACUUGGGUUGGGUAGAAGUGUGUACGUGAGCAUUAUCCCAUCACCAUUGAUACUUGGGUUACAUGGGAACAUAGGAAAGUACAAGGUGGGAAAUGGCCAAAGUUCAUCUGCACACUCCCAAAGAUAUCAAACAAUGCUCCAUCUGUAAACUCCCUCCGCCCCCCUCCCGACCCUCCCUAUCAUGUAUUUCUGCACAGUCUCACGAUUCCACGGAUUCACUAUUCUCUGUGUAAAAUAGUUCAUUCUAAAAUGUUGCUUUACUUUCCUUCUUUUGAACUCAAGUCCCUGGUGUAAAGUUUGAAGUAAUGUCCAAAAAUAUUUUUGGGUUCAUUUUAUCAAAUCCAAUUUGGAAGAGACAGAAUUCACCCUUGUGUGUGUGUGUGCGUGUGUUUUUCUCUCUCUUUCUCUCUUGUUGGCUGUGAGCAUCCUAAUUGAAAUGAGCUGAGUCAAUCCUAACUCAGUUACUGGUGACUGUAGGUCUGCAGCACAAAGUGCCCAAAAUUUAUCACUAAUUGACAGUGUCACUCAGACAAGUCUUCAGGAUGUCUGAUGUGAGAAAAGGAAAUGUCAGACAGGUGCAGUGGAUGAUGCAAUACAAAGUUAGAGUUAAGGCACAUUGUUAUUGCUUUGAAGUAAAGGGAGUUUUAAUAUGCUUCUGACCUAUGCUAUACUUGACCCCUGAAUAUUGGAUGAUGUCAAUGGGCUCUGAAAAUAAAAAACAGUUUGUUUCUCCACCAGUGACAUCCCUCAUCUUGAUGAGCACAAAAUUCACCCUAAAAGAAGUAUAAAUUGAAAAAGAAUCUCCGUGCCAUUCUGACAGGCACUGUGCCCGUACAUCUGGGCAAACUAUCUAUGUGUUGGUUUGGCUACAGCUGUAUGUUUGUUAUCAAUAGGUUUUCAUGAAUCAGAAAUAAAACACAGUCCUCCUUCAACUGUUUAUGGUCUUUCCUCAUCAUUUCCUGUGACAGCAAAUCCAGUUAAAGAAUUAUUUUUAAAAAAUAGUGCCCUUAUAUAUUGCACCUCCCAGACGACAAAUGACCUAAAAAAACUUGGCUGUUUUCAUCCAAUUCAUCUAUUAUAAUUGGUAAAAAAACAGAGGGGAGAUGAGGAGAAGUUUUUUUU